GAAAAAACACUAUAAAUCCGUCUCUCUCAUUACCUCUCUCUCAUUUUUAGGGUUUUCUCUCUCCUCUCUCCUCUCUCCUCUCUCUCUUUCAGGUUUCUCUCUCCUCUCUCUUCUUUGUCUCUCUUUCUCUCUCCAGAAGGGCAAAAUCCUAAAGAGACGUUUACACCCCCCAACUUUCAUGGACGACGAUGCAUUGAACAUGCGCAAUUGGGGUUAUUAUGAACCGUCAUACAAGGAGCCACUAGGUCUCCAGCUAAUGCCAGCCAUGGUAGACCGUGAUUCGAAGCAUCUCCUACCCAGGCGUGAUCCGAAUAACAUCAUGGUUGGUGCCACUGGAGCCUACCUUCCGCGUGAGUCUUUGGUUUCGGAUGCCUCUAUGCAUAUGAAUUAUAUGAGGGAUAGUUGGAUAAACCGGGAGAAGUUUUUAAAUAUGCUACCCCCAAAUCCUAGUUAUGUUGUUCACCCUGAAACUUCUGGAGCUCAGUCCAUGCCAAUGUUACAGCCACCCGAUUCAUCAAGGGAUGAGAGGGUGAGUAGGAUGGAGGAGCCUAGUGUAAGUAAGGAAGGUAGCCAGUUGAAGAAAAGACAAGUUGGGGGUACCGCCCCCAAAACUCCCAAACCUAAGAAACCUAGAAAGCCAAAAGAUGGUAACAACAAUACAGUUCAGCGUGCGAAGCCAGCUAAGAAAAGUGUGGAUGUUGUUAUAAAUGGGAUUGAUAUGGACAUUUCAGGUAUCCCAAUUCCGGUCUGCUCAUGUACCGGAAUUCCUCAGCAAUGUUAUCGAUGGGGCUGUGGAGGAUGGCAGUCUGCAUGUUGCACCACAAAUGUCUCGAUGUAUCCUCUGCCAAUGAGUACCAAAAGACGCGGUGCAAGGAUAGCUGGAAGGAAAAUGAGUCAGGGUGCAUUUAAGAAGGUACUGGAGAAGCUCGCGGCUGAAGGUUAUAACUUUGCUAACCCAAUUGAUUUAAGGACUCACUGGGCAAGACAUGGAACCAACAAGUUUGUCACUAUCAGGUAGAUUUACUUUGUUGGUACCAGUAAUGGGACUCCCAUUACCUGUGGCCUGCUUCUCUUGUAUAUAUCCGUGGCCUCUUGCGGAGAUCUAUUUGGUUCGUUGUAGUUCAAGAAUUUUCAGCCAUGAUACAUGUUUUCGAAAUUCAGACAUCUAGUCUUUUCGAAAUUGUUGUUAACUUUUCAUUUUCGUCUGUGUUAAAAGCCAACCAGUAAGUUCUGGCACCCGGAUGUAGGAUGUGGAUGAGUUUAUUUUGUUGGAUUGGAUUCUCUUUUCUGCGGUUAAUUUCAUUUUAUUAAAGAUUAUCAAUUGAAUUCUCCUUUCACCA